AUGAGACUUAUCAAACCAGCACAAAAAAGUGAAUUGGCCAGUUUAUACAAAUUUUAACUUGAAAGAGGGUUCAAGGGGGGUAGAAUCGAACUGUGGGACGUCCCGUAUUGGAGGAAGAAACAGCUCAAAACACUGUUCGAUUACAACGAGGAGGAGUUCAAGAAUUAUUUUCCCUUGCCCACGGUUUUAACCGGCUUGUUUGAGCUGUGUGAGAGAUUGUUCAAUGUGGUGAUCAAACAACGAAACGACAUAUCCACCUGGCACAAAGACGUCAAAUUCUACGAUAUUUUCGAGCCCCAGACAAGCGCCCCCAUUGCCGGGUUUUACCUCGACCCGUACGCGCGCUCAGACGAGAAAAUAACCAUCCAGCAAAGCAACGGUUGGAUGGUUGGCAUCCAAAGUCAAAGCAAAAUCACCGCGACUAAACCAUUAGCAGCCCUCAUCUUCAACUUCGAGCCCCCUUCAGGCAACAAACAAUCUCACUUGACGUUCAAAGAAGUCAAACACUUGUUCCACAAGUUUGGCUUAGCCCUCCAGCAUUUACUCACUCGAACCACGUACUCAGAAGUCUCAGGGUCCUCGAAUAUUGAGUGGGAUGCGGUCGAAGUCAGUGGCCACGUCCUGGCCCACUGGUUGUACAGCAAGGAGAUAAUGCAGAACAUUUCUUGCCAUUGUCACAGUCGGGAGAAACUCCCCGAAAGUAUGUUUGAUUGCUUGAUGGAGGCGCACAAGCACUUGGCCGGGAUUGACUUAUCGAGGGAGUUGUAUUUGGCGGCGCUUGAUUUAGAACUGCAUCAUUCGACCGAGUAUUGGCUGGAAAUAGUGAAGAAGUUGUGGCCGCAGUUCCGGUGCUUCCCUCUUGAUAAACUCGACUCGCAUCCUUGUUCCUUUACGCAGAUUUUUACAGAGGAGUGGGCUGCGGCUUAUUACUCGCACGUCUGGUCGAGGAUGAUUGCCGCUGAUGUGUACAGUGCGUUUCAUGAAGUGCAGGGAGAUGAUCAAAAAAUUAGAGAUGUAGGGAAGAGAUAUAGGGAAACGUUUUUGGCCUUGGGAGGUAGUUGCCAUCCUAGUAAAGUUUUUAGGAAGUUUAGAGGACGGGAUCCGUCGCCGAACGCGUUGCUUAGGUCGCUAGGUUUAAAGAAAAGUAAGAUAGAGAGUUAAUUAUUUGUAUAUUAUGUAGGUGUUGUAAAAUAAUUAAAAAUGAGACUGUUAA